AUGUAUCGACAAAUUUUAUUAAAUGUCGAUCAACGAGAUCUGCAGCGAAUUUUAUGGCGGACAACUUCAGAACAAAUCCAAGCAUACCGCUUAAACACAGUCACAUAUGGCUUAGCCAGUGCACCAUUUCUUGCAAUACGAUGUCUACAUCAAUUUGCGAUUGAACAUAAAGACACGUUACCUGAAGCAAGCGCGGCGAUCCAAGAUUUUUAUGUCGAUGAUUUAAUCACGGGCGGAAAUGAUUUAAAUCAAUUGAAAACUUUAAAAGAAGACGUUACAAGGAUCUUACGCAGUGGAGGCUUUGAGAUGCACAAGUGGAAUUCGAAUAAGAAUUUAAUCUCCAAUGAGGACAACGAAGAGACCUCAGAAUCCGUAAACUUUAAUAAAGAAUAUAGAAUCAAUUUAAAACCGCAUUUGUCGAAAUUCACCAAGAGAGUUAUAUUGUCAGUUGCUUCGCAAAUAUUCGACCCAUUAGGAUCGAUUGGACCAAUAACCGUUCAGUCCAAGCUACUACUUCAAAAUCUUUGGCGGUCCAAGGUUGGAUGGGAUGAUCCCGUUCCUGCUGAAUUGCAAUCAAAAUGGACACAUUUUUGUGCUCAACUGCAGAGCAUCUCUAAUAUCUCAAUUCCACGAUACGCCUUUAGCAACGAUUGCGUUUUUUCAGAGUUGCAUGGUUUCUGCGACGCUUCAAAACUCGCUUAUGGUUGUUGCUUUUACAUCAAAACUGAAAACUCACGGAGAGAUACAACUGUAAAUUUAUUGUGUGCGAAGUCGAGAGUAGCUCCAGUAAAGUCUAUUUCAUUACCAAGACUAAAGCUUUCGGCAGCAUUGUUGCUUGCUCGACUCUAUCAACAAGUAACUAAAGCUUUGACAAUUAAGCCAACAUCAACGCACGAUUCCACGAUUACGCUUGCAUGGAUAAGGUGA